GCAAUCAAUCCAAUUUGAUAUCUACAUCUGAUAUUCAUAAGCAUUAUCUUGUCUUGUCUAGCUACAAUCAGAUUGAAAUGAUAAGGAUGCCCCAUCAGUUGAGCGGGGGCAUCUCCAAGUCUUCCGAUAACAACACAUUACGAGAUGGGGACGUUGAAAUCAGUAGAAAAAAUAGGGGUUUUGUGUCUCGGAAAACUUCCGAAACGUCCGUCCCGGUAUCUUGCUGGUCAAGGAAAGCGUCCUCUGAUUUGCCCGGCCCCUACUUCUGAGCCCGAGGUCUGUCUGUGCACGAUAUACCUUAGCCAUUGCUCAGCACUCAUAUUGAUCUCAAAGAGUGAGACCCCUGAUAUAUCGAAACACCAAGCGACUAACCACAUUAUGAGUUCAAAUUCUGCGUCUCUCUCUGUUACCCUGCCCCAGGGAACGGUGGUGGGAGUUCAAUUGGACAACGCAUUUCCUCAACCUGUGAAUGCCUUCUUAGGCAUUCCAUACGCACUUCCUCCAGUGGGGGGCCUACGUUUUCGUCUGCCUGUCAAAGUCCCUAAUUCGACAAAGGUUAUUGACGCUUCAAAAUAUGGCCCUGCAGCUCCGGGGAAGGCUUUGCUGAUGGGAGGUCCGAAAGUUGAGAAAAGUGAAGAUUGUCUGACUGCCAAUAUUUUCCAACCUGUUAGGCAUCAUACAAAAAAACUGCCAGUCGCAAUAUACGUACAUGGUGGUGCUUUCAAUAGAGGAUCGGCAUCAAUGCACGAUACUGCAUCAAUGCUCGCAUGGUCAGAAGAACCUUUUAUCGCGGUCAGUUUUGGUUAUCGUCUGGGAGCUCUGGGUUUCUUGCCAUCUACUUUGUCCAAAAAGGAAGGUCUUUUGAAUUUGGGGUUGCACGAUCAGAUUUUUUUGUUUCAGUGGGUGCAGGAAAAUAUAGAGGCAUUUGGAGGAGAUCCAGGUAAUGUUACUCUCUUUGGGCUCUCGGCGGGAGCUCACUCCAUCGGUCAUCAUCUUCUCAACUAUGACGAGCAUCGCAAACCUUUAUUUCACCGAGCCAUCAUAGAAUCCGGAUCACCGACUUCGCGCGCUGUUCGUCCUUACGAUGCAAAGGUCCACGAGCAGCAAUUCCAAGAUUUCUUAAAGGAGGUACAAUGCCCGGAAAAUCUGCCAGAAUCCGAAAUUUUCCCAUUCCUGCGCUCCUUACCAAGUUCAGUUAUAACGGAUGCUCAAGCAGCAGUGUUCGAUAAAUGGAACCCAUCUCUACGGUGGGCGUUUCAACCCGUGAUAGACGGAGAUAUCAUCUCGCGCAAACCCCUUGAUGCUUGGAAGUCCGGGCUGUGGAACAAAGUACCCAUAAUGACGGGGUUCAAUACCAACGAAGGAACAAUGUAUGUCGAUAAGACCAUGUCUCGACCUGAGCAAUUUCGCGGUUUCUGGCAUACGCUACUCCCGGAGCUUUCGGCGGCAGAUCUGGAUACUAUUGAAAAGUUGUAUCCGGAACCCAGCACUGAUCCUAAGUCGCCAUACGUGGAAACUCGGCUCGAGCAUGGCCUCGGGGCUCAAUACAAACGUAUCGAGGCUGCAUAUGGUCAUUACGCAUAUGUAGCCCCUGUCCGUCAAACAGCACAUUUUGCCUCUUCUCAGGGAGUACCAGUCUACUUAUACCACUGGGCCCUAGCCCGGACGGUAGUUGGUCGCGCAAAUCAUGGAGAUAAUAUGUACUAUGAGGCGUACAGUAACAAUAUUAUUAGUCUGUCGGAAUCACAGAAAGAACUCUCGGGUACUCUACACGCCUAUAUCACUAGCUUCAUUACACAGGGUGACCCCAACGCUAUAUCGGGCCGAUAUGCCCAGCGGCCAGAGUGGAAGCGUUAUCUGCCCGAUGAGCCUGGAGUGUUGAUAUUCGGCCAGGGGAAUGAGGAACUCAUUGGAGGAAAUGUGGCACCAGCUGCAAAGUUUGAGGCUGAUAGCUGGGACAGGGAGCAAACCGACUUUUGGUGGUCCAAGGUUGAAAUAUCGCAGCUGGCUUAA